AUGGCCAGAAUUAGGGGAACAGCUAUGGACCCCAAUUACAGAGGCGGAGACUUAAAUGAGUUAUCGCCUGAAAAUCAAGGCCCAUACGGGGCGGUUAGAGAACCAUCCGGCGGAACCCCCGCCACCCCAAGCGAUAGCAUUCUAGGCUCCUACAACGAGGAAACCUCUCCAGCUCAGGAGGCUGAGCAGCCAGAAGCCGCCAUUAAGGGUCCCAACUCUCCAUCCGGCUCUGAUGACGGUCGGGUUAAAAGCAAAGAAGCUAAGAAGAUGCUGCCCACCGCCAAGACACCCGCAAAAAAGGCUUCAGAUAUCCGCAAGGAGAAUCUGGAGAAGAAACUUGCCGCUCAGGCGGCUAAAAAGGAUGGGGGUGUUAUUCCCCGUUCUUUGCAAAAACAGAUCCGACAAAGGCCGUCUGUUGAAGAGCCUGCACUCAAGGUGCAGAAAACCGCUUCUACCACCCGGGCUACAACCGGCGGUAAAUCAAUAAAGACCCCAGGCGGGUCUAACACUGAAAUGGCCUCGAAAGAGGUCACUCCAAUAAGGACCGCAACCGGUCCAUCUUCUGCUGGACGCCAAAAGGCUUCCCAAAAAGGUACAAACCCCUUCAACCUCACGUUGCUCGACCUACCCAUGCGGGCUCUGCUCCGCGUGGAGGGGCUCAAGAAGGCCUACAUUCGCAAGCAGGAAGAGGCGGAUCAGGUCAAGUCCCUCCAACAGGCCCUCAAAGAGUCCAAGCUCAAAAUAGACAACCUCCAGGCGGCCCUGGAUAAUGCUGAAGAUGAGCUGAAAAAGCACGAGGAGCCCCUCAAGCGGCUCGACCAGGCGGAGAAGAGCAGCAAACGGCGGCAACUAGAGAAUGACCGCCUGGUCAAGGAGGCUGCUGGUGCUCAGCGAAACUUCCAGGCCACCCUAGAAGCUGAUCAGAGCCGGCUCAUUGAGGAGAAUGAGCAGGACUGCAAAAACAGAAUGAAGAGGGCAUUCUCCAUUAUCCAUCCGGGUACAGACUACAACGUCUGGGAGCUUGCCCACAAGUACGCAGACCUUUCCAUUCUGGCUGAGGAGGAGGGCAAGCCGGGGCCUAAACCCUAUGAGCAAUGGGUUGAGGCGGAGUUCAAGCGGAUGCAGGAGGAGGCGGCUGGCCACGAAGAGGCAGUUGAGGAUGAGGUUGCUCCCGGCUCCGUUCCCAACACCGACCCAACUCAUCCGGAAGGGAGUCAGGCUCAGGGUGACCGGGUAAUAGUGCAGUUAGAGUAG